CCACUGGUAACCUGACUCAUUCGUGUCCAGCGCUGGGAAAGCUGUUUCAUGUCCACGUAAUCUGUCACUUGAGGCUAGACUUCAAUGGGAGCUGGUUUACGUGUCUAUGGUAUAUAAGGAACUCUUACGAACCUUUACCCCAAUAGCAUCAAAAUCACAAAAUGGCACAAGAUUCGUGGAAGAACUGUAAGGUGUGCGAGAAUCUAUUUGACGGCCAGAAUCAUGAGCCCAUUGCCCUUCCUGCCUGUGGCCAUACGUUCUGCAGAUCAUGUCUCAUCAAAAUACGCAAUGUCAGGGAACUCAUUGAUUGCCCUCUUUGCAGGAUUCGACAUGCAGGACCAGAACCAGAAGUCUUGCCAAUAAAUAGGAUCAUCAUGGAUCUUUUGCAAACGGAUGCACAGCAAGCAAGACAAAAUGGUAGUGGAGAUACCAUGGAGAGCCAGAGCAGCUCUGCUAGUGUCAGUUCUCCCGAAACUAAUACUUCUUCGGAUAGCAAGACGCCUUCAUCGGACUCUAACAAAACAAAAAGCUCGUUAAAGUAUGGGCUAGCGGCUACUGCUGGUGCUGUUGGAGUGGUAGCUUUAGCACCCGUUGCCCUUGCAGCUGUGGGCUUCACAUCAGCAGGCAUUGCCGGUGGAUCCAUAGCUGCAUCCUUGAUGUCUUGGUCAGCUACAGCUAGUGGCGGUGGAGUUGCUGCGGGCAGUAUGGUGGCGGUACUACAGUCAGCUGGUGCUGCAGGCUUUGCUGCAUCUACAACAGCCGGUUUAGCUGGUUCUGGAGCUGCCAUUGGUGCUGGGUUUGCUAAGGUCUUCAGUAUGUUUGGUGGAAAAACUAACGAUGAGAAAAAGAAUGAGAACUCUGAGAAUAAAGGUGGGGAAGACAAUAAGAAGGAUGAGGAAAAUGAGAUGGAUAAGAACAAGAAGGAUGAGGAAGAUGAGAAGGAUGAUGAGGAAGAAAAGACGGAUGAUGAGGAAGAUAAGAAGGAUGAUGAGGAAAAAAGUAAAAAUGGCUCACUCUGAAUGUAAUGACUGGUAUAUAAAUUUAUCAUUUGUGGUUCUUAAUGUAAAUGUUUCUCCUAGUUAAAAUACCAGUUUGUUUUAUUUGUGUUAAUUUGAUAUCAUUUGUGUUUGAGAGUAUAUAUUAGUAAAUGAGUGUGAUUCUGUGUAUAAAUUUUUUCCCGCAUGUCUUCGUGCAAGGACCGUCCCUGCACUCAAUGAGAGAGAGAGGGCCGAGACUCCACACACACACACAGGGUUGUGUGGUGUGUGUGCUCAUGAGGUACCCACCUCACUGUGUGAGGUUAUUGACCUCCAUUUAUAUCCGAGUGUCUGGGACUGAAAUCGUUAAUUGGGCGAUUAAUUAUUCCUUGUUAGUGUAUUAUCCCUUUUCCUGUGUUUAAAUAAAUCUAAUGCACACAAUUUGGUUGCUUCUUAGAGUCCCGCCAAUGCAAAACUAUGGUACCGGCUCCAUGUGGUCACUCUUGUGUUUAAAGUUUUUAUAAAUGCAGUUUGGUUCUACAUCCCUGGUUUAAAGUGCAUAGCUUUACUAUAAGCAAGUAAGGACGAGUUUCGUGAGUACGAACUUGCUUUUUUCCCUCAAAAUAACAAAAUUCUCUCUCUCCAGAUGUUCUAAUAGUUUUUUUUUUUUUUUUUGCACACUUCUCCAUCACCUUGCAUGGUAUGCAAGUCAGGGACACGGGCCUGUAGUUCAGUGCCACCUGUCUGUCUCCCUUGUAUAUCGAGACUACAUUAGCUGUCAUCCAAAUUCUUGGUAGUUCUCCUGUUACCAAUGACUUGUUAUACACCAUUGAAAGUGGUAGGCACAGUGCUUCUGCAUCUUCUUUUAGUAUCCAAGGUGAGAUUUUAUCUUGGACUUGGACCAAAUCCAAUUCAAACAAAUGCUUCCUUACCACCCCACUGGCAAUCUCAAUCUCUUCCAGUGGUGCUUGGUUAGAUAGUCUCUUAAUUUAGGACCUUCUUGCUCUAUUGUGAAGGCCUGGAAUUUCUUUUUGAGUUCCUUACACACUUCCUUGUCAUUCGUAAUGAAUCUGUCUGCCCCUAUCCUCAGUUUCAUUAUCUGUUCAUUAAUGUUUCCUUCUGAUGUGGCUGUGAAGCAAUUUGGGUUGUGUUUGCCUUAUUUGCUAUGUCAUGGCUUCAUUUGCAUUUUGAAUUUUUUCCUUUUUCACUGGGGCAAAGUUGUCUGCUGCCUCCUUGCACUACAGGGUGAUGUAGUCCAUCAUGUCUUAGGCAGCCUUUCCUUUGAGAUGUUUCCCAUUGUAUAUCUAUUAGGUAUAACGUAUGUCAUUGAUGUAACAAUAGGAUUUCAAAAUUGAAAUAAUACAUUUAUAAAGAUACCAAUGUUAUGUUUGCCAUGAGAUGUAUAGAAAUUAACAUUAGUCAUUUUUUGUAGGUACUGUACAACUGAAAAUUCAAAAUUCAAAUGUUUAUUUAGGUAAAGUACAUUCAUACAAGGGGUGAUACAGAUUUUGAUGAAUUUAUAGAUAGAGCUGGUACAUACAAUGCCUAAAGCCACUAUUACGCAAAAGUUUCGGUUAGGAAAAACACUUAAUUACAUAUAUUUACUGUCUGUUUAUAAGGUGCUGGAAAAGUGCCCAAAUACAUGUACUGUAUACUGGUAUCCGGACAGCAAGACACUUCAUCCAGUCGUAUUCCAGGGAACAUAGGAUUAAGGACUUGCCCAAAACACUAUGCGUGCUAGUGGCUGUACAAGAAUGUAAGAACUCUUGUAUAUAUAUAAAUAUAUAAACAAAAAACUAAUGGAAUUUUGUCAUUAUGUACUGAUUGUUUAUUGAUUCCUUAAAAUUUAAAGGUGUCAAAACUCUAUUGGUUCUCUUUGGCAAAACUUCAACAGAAUGGAAUCAAUGGAAUUGGAUCCUUUCCAUACUUUAAACAUUUCGGUUCAAUCCAGUCUUAAAGUUUUGUCAAUUUAUUACCAAAUUUUGUGAGUUGUCUGCCAAUGAUAAAUAUGUCACAAUAAACAUACUUGAACUUGAA